CGUCGAGGAGCGCGGAGUGCCCGGCCGGACUGCCCGGCGGGGCGGGUCCGCGGCGUCGUGGGCGGCGUGGGUCGGGGCCUCUCCGCCGGCGGCUCCUUUAAGUCCGGCCGCCCCGCCUCCCCGGACAGGGGCUGCUAAGUGGACGGCGGGGUCGGGUGCACGCGAUCCCCGAUGGAGCUGCACAUCUUGGAGCACCGGGUGCGGGUGCUGAGCCUCGCCCGCCCGGGGCUCUGGCUCUACACCCACCCGCUCAUCAAGCUGCUCUUCCUGCCCCACCGCAGCCGGUGCAAGUUCUUCAGCUUGACCGAGACGCCCGAGGAUUACACGCUCAUGGUGGAUGACGAGGGCUUUAAAGAGCUACCCCCUUCUGAGUUUCUGCAAGUGGCCGAGGGUACAUGGCUGGUGCUGAAUGUGUCAUCUCCCAGCGGGGCAGCUGUGCAGGCUGCUGGGGUCACCAAGAUCGCCCGCUCCGUCAUCGCGCCCCUCGCCGAGCACCACGUGUCAGUGUUGAUGCUGUCCACAUACCAGACAGACUUCAUCCUGGUACGGGAACAAGACCUGUCGGUGGUGAUCCACACGCUGGCCCAGGAGUUUGACAUUUACCGUGAGGUGGGCGGGGAACCAGUCCCCGUGGUCAGGGACGAGUCCAGCAACGGCUUCCCCCGCGCUCAGCAUGGGCCCAGCCCCACGGUGCACCCCAUCCAGAGCCCCCAGAACCGCUUCUGCGUCCUCACAGUGGACCCUGAGACACUGCCAGCCAUCGCCAUCACCCUCAUUGACGUCCUCUUCUACUCCCACAGCGUGCCCAAGGAGGCAGCCUCCAGCGGUGCCGACCCCAGCUCCAUCCGGUUCUUCGCCUUCUCCCUCAUCGAAGGCUACAUCUCCAUUGUCAUGGACGCUGAAACACAGAAGAAGUUCCCCAGUGACCUGCUGUUGACCAGCUCUUCGGGGGAGUUGUGGAGGAUGGUCCGUAUUGGCGGGCAGCCGCUGGGCUUCGAUGAGUGUGGGAUCGUGGCCCAGAUUGCUGUGCCCUUGGCCGCUGCCGAUGUCUCUGCUUACUACAUUAGCACCUUCAACUUCGACCAUGCCCUGGUGCCCGAGGAUGGGAUUGACAGCGUCAUUGAGGUCCUGCAGCGGCGGCAGGAGGGCUUGGCUUCCUGAGGCGCCCCUCCUGGCCCUGGACCCUGUCACCCCCAGGCUUCCAAAGCUGUUCCUUCAAGCUCUGGGAUGAGCCUCUGUCCCUGUUCAUGUAUAAGCUGCAGGCAAGCACCUGCUCUCACACGGACGGGCGUGUAUACCCACAGGUGGAGUGGGCAGAACGCGUCUGUGUAUCCUGGGAACACGGUGCUGGGGCGGGGAGCCCAACCCCUAACCCAUCCCCCUCCCUGUGGCCUUGGCAUUUGCACAGUCCCUGCCUGAGGCCUGAGCCAACCCCCACCCCACCGUGA